AUGGAAGUCACGGCAUCUCUAGAGGUCAAGCUGGCGACCACGGCAUCAAAGAAGGGAAAGAAGGUGGUGGAGGAGGUGGUGGCGGCAGUGGAGGAGGAGACGUCGGCGACCCCAGUGGCAACAGCGGUGGCGGAGGCGGCACCGGCUCCGGCGACGGCCACCGUGUCGACAGCGGAGGCGGCUGCACCACCACCGGUUGAGGGGGCAACAAAAACAACAACACCACCAGCGGCGGCGGCGGCUGCAGGAGCAGUGGUGGAGGAGGAGGAAGAGGAGGAGUAUGUCGUGGAGAAAGUCCUGGAGCGUCGCAUUUUCAAAGGGAAAGUGGAAUUCUUGCUGAAAUGGAAGGGCUUCUCUGACGAGGACAACACAUGGGAGCCAGAGGACAACCUGGAUUGCCCUGACCUGAUCGCAGAGUUCAUGCAGAAGCUGAAAGAGAAGGAGGAGAAGAAGAAGGAGGGCAAGAGGAAAGCAACCAGCGAGACCUCUCCGGACACUGAGGAGAAGGGGAGCAAGAAGAAGAAGGAGGAGACUGAGAAGGCCAGGGGCUUUGGUCGCGCACUGCAGCCAGAGAGGAUUAUUGGGGCGACAGAUUCCAGCGGAGAGCUAAUGUUCCUCAUGAAGUGGAAGAACUCUGACGAGGCGGACCUCGUCCCGGCCAAGGAGGCCAACGUCAAGUGUCCGCAGGUCGUGAUCUCCUUCUACGAGGAGCGCCUCACCUGGCACUCCUACCCCGCCGAGGAGGAGGAGAAGAAGGAGGAGGAGAAAAAGGACUAGAGAGGGGCGGGGGCAGGCCAAAAGGAGGGAGAGGGCCGGAGGUAUCUCCAGUCCGUCUUUUAAUCAACGAUGUAAAAAUGCUCUCCUCCCAAGGUACGGUUUGCACACAUUGACAACUCGUAAAACAUUUUCUGUCCUCUCACCCCCCCCCCCCCCCCCCUGCACAUGAGAAGAGUCCUCCUUUUUAGAAACUGCACAUAAGCAUUAAUUUGCAUCAUGGUUGGUAACGACAUUUCAAGCUACUGUCAACUUGGCAGACACUUUUAACCGGAGAAUCUGUUUUUGAGGCAUCAAUAUCUACCUGAUUUUGAAAUGGAAGAACUACAGGGCCUGAACCCUAGCCACUGCUUUCCUCACACAAUACUUAAUCUGAAAAUUUCAUGUGCUCGAGGGACAAAUGACUAAACCACAGCACUGCCAUAUCUGCUCUUUAUAGUGGCUUUUCAUGGAAGUGCAUUCGUUCAAGCUGUUGCGUGGUUAAUAUUGAGCUACGGGGCACAUUGACAUACGAAUCGUAAUGAUGUCCACAUGUUGACGGGACGGUUGCUUUUUACCUACCCGAGUAUCUGAUCAAGUACAGAAAAGCAUUCAACUGAUGGUUUUCCCUCCCUCCCCCUCGACUGAUUCAUGUAUCAACAAUUUUUUUAAAGGGAAAACUUACAGAAGUGUGGUUUCAUGUCAUGUAUAUAGUUUCCUUUACCUUCCUUCCCGGAGUGGGAACAACCCAUUUGAGGUCAUAUUCAAAAGUUUACUGUUGGUCAUACUUCUUGUAGUGUAUUAGUAUUCAACAAAUUAUUGUGCCGAACUUGGUGAACAGAGUAACAUCUGCUCCUGCUGAGGUUCGUGCAGGGGUGGAUUUGUACCUACUGUUGACCUGUGAGCUUCAGCCUGAUGGACCAGCAGUCUGGUCUCUUUUGAACUCAAACAUGAUCACACAAGGCAACAAGCUGUUGUGCCUCAUAGCUUUCCAGUAUUUAAAUAAUAUUACAAACAAACGCCUUUUUAUGAAGGUAGACUAGACAUGAUGCUGCUAUGCAACUUCGUGGAUUAUCACAAGUACUAUUAAAGACAACAACAAUUGAACCAAAACCUCAUGGUAGUGAUGUAGUUCUGUUUAAGACAAGGUGGCCACUCUGCAACAGGUACAGAUAUGGAGACGGGGAGUCGUUAUUAGCAUUUCAUCCUUUUGGUUAAACCUUUAAAUACUUCAGUGUAACAUUAUAUUGGUGCUCAAUGUUUGGAGAUAUUCUACAAUAAAACCAAAUGCUGGUUAAUUUGUGGUUGAGCUCUGUUCAGGUAGUUAUGGCUAUUUUCUUAUGACAUUGGGAGAAACGUUAACCACUGUGGUCCAUUUGAAGGAAUGUCCUAGUUCACCUCUUACUUCUGCUGAUCGACAGAACUGUCCCAGGAAGGCCGAUGGAAUUGCGUUUUACAAACACACUUCAUUCCAAUCCUCAUUUGUGCGAUCGCUACACACUAGCUGCGUUUACAUGGCACAUCUGAUCCGCAUAGAUUUCUAUGCAGAAUAGAUCUGUUCCUAAAAUGUGAAUGUACUGUAUACAUGGCAGUAACAAAAGUGUCCGUUAUGUCUCUCGCGCACACCAGACACAUCUCUGGUCCGGCUGCGAAAUAAUGGACGUCUUAUCACUAUUUGGCAUUGUGAAUUCGAUUUUUAAUGUAAGCACAGCAGGAGAGAGCUUUUCUCUGCCUGCUCCUUCAAUUAUGAAGGAGGACAGCAAAGCUACGUCAAUUUCUUUACCCCCUCCUCCAAGAGGACAUUUGUCUCCUCGAAGGUCCAAUUGCGAACUACUGCAGCUGCAGUAGUUCGUUAAGUAUUUUGACGUUCAGCCUGCAAAAGUACUAGUAGUAGCCUACUCAUUUAUGCCGCUUUUCCACCGCACAUGUAGCUCGACUCGACACGACACGACUCGACACGACUCGACACGGUAGCAGCGCGGGUGCUUUUCCACCGCAAAUAGUACCUCCGGGACGUGGGCGGGGUCGUCUGCGCGAAAGGGCCGUGACGUAUUUUUGUACGCGACGCAAACAACACCUACGUAACCCACACAUGGACAGAACCCACAUAACAACAAUGGAGAACAUCGAUGCGAUGGUAUUCGUGUUCGUAUUAUUAGCUGGCAUGUUGAAGAAGUGGAAUAUGUUGGCUGCGGCGCUACUAUGGCUGUUCUAUCGUUACCAGCAUGGUUGCCAUGUCGCUCUCGUGACUUCGUCACACUCUGGCCAAUCAGUGGCCGGCCGUCUGCCGACGUCACCUUUUAGCAUCGGCUCAGCCGCUUGGAACCUAGAGCGAGGCGGUACUAGAAAAAGCAGCCACUUGAGGUACUAGAUCGCGGUGGAAAUGCAAAAAAGGCGAGCUGAGUCGAGUCGUGUCGAGCUGGUACCAUGCAGUGGAAAAGCGGCAUUAGUUAUCUCGGACACGCGAGGACACUACGAUACGUGAACACGUCAUUAAUAAACACCCAUGUCCCGUCGCUUAGCAACCGAACACGCUUACGGACUACUUGCGGAGUGGUAACAAAGACGUGAAUCAGGCAAUAAAUCCACUUUCCUUGACAGCGGUCAAGUUCGGUGUGCAUAAAAGUACAGACGGAGCUCAGUGGACCAAUUGCGAACUACUGCAGCUACUCUUAAGUUAAACCCCAAUCUAUUCGGAAUAAGUGUGUACAUGUCGAUUUAAAACGGACUACACCACUUCUUCUAUUCGGCAUAUAAUUCUAUGCCGAACAGAUAAUUGUAUUCCGAAUGAGGCGUGUAUAUGAUCAUUUUCUAUGCCGCAUAGAAAUCGAUGCGGAUCAGAUGUGUCCAUAAACGCGGCUAGUGAUGACUGUACUUAUUUAGCAUCACCUGGGAUAUUCUCAAGUCAUGGAAACGUUUCAACCUUUUUCGAACUGUGGUUACAUUGUUUUUAUUUUUCAACUGAAGACGUUAUCUUUAGUUAGCUGUGAUAAACAAUUUAUGUCAAGUAGAAAACCUAAGAUAUUAAUGUUUAUCAGAAUUUUCAAUGUUUUAGCUGGUUUGGCGAGAUGCUGUCGCCUUGUAUGAUUAAUUAAAAAAAAAUGGUUCCAAUGGCAUGUGUUGAACGUAACCCAGGUCUCUGAAGCGCACCUAUUAUACCACCGGGUUAAUUUACUCUUUAUCACUACCAAUGUCAGUUCUUUCUGGUGGCCUCCUCCCAAUUGGCCAGUCCUGUUUGAUGUCACAGUUACAUUAUUUUGUAUGACUCAUGAACCUCCAAUCUGGCUGUACAAUAAGGGCCCUUUCCAUUUUUUAUGCACACUAUAUUAAAGAUAAGUGCUUAUUUUCUUAGACCUGGGGCACUAGAACAUGGCGGACAGUAUCAUUUAGUUUUAAAAUACAUGUAAAGUUAAAUGUAAUGUUUUAAUUGAGAUGUGAUUGGUAAUUUCAAGUUAGAAUGUAAAGUCAGUUUUAUUUUGUUCACCCUUUUCCACAGUGUUUGUAAUACAAUUACAUAGCUGCAGCUCGCUCCUCCGGUUGGCCCCAUCUCGUGUCUUUGUAAUUACCCCCAAUAAGCCGCUGUUCUCUUGUUGCAUGUCUGUGUUUCCUGUGUUGAAUCAUUAUGACGACUACUACUCCUUUUAAUGAUGUGUUUUGGACAAUAAAGAAUGUUUGCUUUGGUAAAUGUUUGUGGUCUCUUCAUCCCCGGACAAUGUGACAGAUUAAUCCAAAAGUGCAGGAUUUUUCUUUUACGGAAUGUCAAAUAAUAUAAAUACAAAUGGAAAAGACUGAACCAAAAUAUUGUUGACCUCCUUUCACAGCAGAACUUUUAUGCUCGCACUUUAAAUCCUUAACUUUUGCAAAGGAAAAAAGGGUGUUUCCACUCAUUGAAAAACAUUUUUAAUUAAUCUGAAAGUACAAAGUCACCAGCAAACAAACAUUACAAAUCUAAAACCAAAAGAAACGGAUAAUAAACCAAAUCAAUUUAAUUACAAAUUAAAUAAACAUACAUUUCAAAGUCAUAAAAGUUCAGGAUUUUUGGACUUUCUUUAUAUAUAUUGUACAAUCUAGAUCUUCAGUUUUAUACACUUAAAUGUCACUGUCAGAACAGAGGGGGUCAAUACCUUUUCUAACUUGAUAAAGCUUUUGAGGUUAGGGUGAUGGUGCAAUGCAUAACUUUUGUAUGAAUAUGCUGAAAUAUUCAAUGUUAAAGCUGUAGUUUGUAAAUGGCCCACUAUAAUGGUUUUGAACCCUGAUUAAAAAAAAAAUUGUACCGUGCGUAACUUUUUCUAAACAUGAAUAACUUGUAGCGCUUUUUAUUUUUGCAUCAAGCACCCAAAUGAACACUUUAAACAGCAUGUAUCACAAAACAUGAUUUUGAUGUAAGGGCAUUCAUUUUAUAUAAUCAGUUCUAAAGAAGGGUGGGGGGGCAAUAAUUUAUUUGAAUUGGAACCUAGUCUUUAUUCUUGCUCGAGAAUUAGAACAGGUCUGUGGUACCUCAUCUAGUUCCAGAAAGCUCAAGUCAACUACUUGUGUCGCUACUACGUUUCAAACUACCCCUGAGAUAUUCUUACAAUACGAUAUAUUAAUACCUUUCGGUUUUCCAUUGUGCUCAUCUCUACAGAUUAGAAGAGAUCUGGAUGUGAAUAUCAUGAUACUGUAUCAUCCCACGUGGUAUCCACAAGUUCGAGUCGUCUGGAUUUUAUUCAAUCUUCCUGGAUCUGAUAAUCCAUGCAUCCGAAAAAGGAGUGCAUUCCAUGUGCUUGUUAGUUUUGCUGGUAGAUCCACUAACAUUUGCAUUUUGCUCUUAGCAAUGGGCUACUCACAAAUCAGAUUUAAAAUCAGUAUCUAAAGUCUGAAAAGCUCAAAUCUGGGCAAACAUCUUUCGACCAAUCAUGUUGCUGGAGGCUGGGAUCUGUAAGUGUGUUAUUGGCAAACACAAACUCAGCUGGCAAUAGUUGACGCCAAUUAGGCAAAUUACUUCGGUAGAAUAUCUGUAAGGGAAUAAGGCGUAAUUCUACCAGUUUUGGUUUCCAGCCCAGGCUCUCUGGCGUCUUCCCCCCAGAAGUUCUGCUAUAACAUAUUAGGACUGCUUGAUCCAAUAAUAGCUAUGGGGCUAAACAACACCUACCAGGGCAAGAUGGACAUAAACCUCAUGAUUGCCAACCUUACCUACUCCUUUCAUAUAAUAUCUGUGUUUUAUGGUUUCUGGAAGCCAGGUUUAAAAUGGUACAUUCUAAUAGGACAUAAAUGGUAGAAAUUUGAAAUAUAAAGCAAAGGGGGGCCAGGAGGUUGGAGAAAAAAAUCGGAAUUAAUGAAAACAAAUGAAUGAAGGCCAAUCCCAGAAUCAAUCCUCUAUGGUAGUUUUUAAGGCUAACAUUGACAUUUUUUCAUAAUAUGAAAAAAGAAUAUACAGUACUACCUAUUUUAGAAUAACUUCAGAGGAGACAGGAACUCUGAUUAGGAUGAGAUACGGACAGCCAGGAUCCAGCCUCACUGUCAUUCACAAACAUAACACCCAUGUGCUAUUUCAAAUACAUGAUAUGAUAGUUUAACACAAUAUAGCACAGUCAUACAUCCUUGGCAAAGAUAGUUAUGUGUUUUUUCGCCUUUUUUGGAUACACACCUUAACACAAUACCGGAUUGCUCAUUCCAUUUAAGAUUUUGGGGAUUUCAGUUUCAAAUUUGAACACACAGCAUUUCAUUGUCCUUUCUUUGGUUUUAAAGCUUAUUAGAGUUGAACUGUUCCAGCCAACAACAGUUUUGAUUAAUAUACCCUGAAUAAUCAUAUACCCAGAACCAAAUUUGGUAACAAAGUCAUUGGAUAAGGGUCCUCUCCCAAUUAACCUUUCAGCUAGGAAGGCAACAAAGUCUUUAGCUUGGCGGUAAAGUCUACUUCCUGUGUACAUUGAACAUCCCAGUGAACACUGGCGUUCUUUCCUCUCCAAGGAAAAGUUACUUCUUAUCUCUGUGUUUCUUGCCGCCUUUACUGUCACCUCGUGGUAAUGUCCCUUGUCGCCGUGGGGUGACGGUGACACUCCCAUUGGCUCCAAACUGAAGAGCAUAAUCUGUGGCGUCCAAUGGCCUGCCUUCCUCGUCUCUCAGGCUGAACAUGACUUCCUGGUAAAGCCCCUCCAGCCUCUGCUCCAUCUCCUGCAGAGACUUCAGCGCUUCCUGCUUCUCCCGGCGCAGCCACGCACGCCGCCGCCUCAGCCCGGACACAUCCACCUCCAGUCCCUGCAGGGCACCUAGCUUCCUUCUCCUGCAGUUCUGGGCAGCCAUCUUGUUCUUUCCCCGGCGGCGUAUGUCCCUCACCAGGUUCAGCUGCUGCUCGUUGAGACGGUGAUUGGCCAGGAGCUCGUUGAAGUCGUCCACCGGUAGGUUGAUGAUCAGUUCGUUGGAGAAGGGGAUCUUCAAGGACUGCGCCCUGCGGUCGUCCCGAUUCCAUAGUUCGGCCUCCACAAAUUGUUCAGCGGAGGACCGGGAAUACGACUUGGUUCUGCUCUGUCGGGAUGAAUACUUGGAUUUUUUCUUGGAAGUCUUUCCGGUAACAGAGGUGGGGGAGGAGGGCCAGGCCUGGUUGUAGGAGUGAUCAUGGCCGAUAUGCUCCUGCCAAGGCAGGCCGUUGAAGAGCUUUUCUUCUUGAUAGCUGGAGGGGACCAUUUUGUUCACAUCGGAGGAGUAGUAUCCUCCGACGGCCCCCUCCUCUUCUUCCUGCUUUAUGGUCACUUCCAGCUCCAUGUCCAGGUUAAUUUCCCCCUCCUCAUCCUUCUGGUCAUUCUCCUCAGAAUAAAGACCUCCUUCACUCGAGCCGGAUGAAGAAGAAGAAGAAGAAGAGGACGAGGAGGAAUAGCAGGAGGAUUCAGAGCCACAAGGAGAGGCAGGGCUGAAGCUGCAGUCCAAAGAGAGUCCAGAAUCCGAGUCGGCCUUCUCCCCACUCUCUAGAUGCAGAGAACAAGAAAGUGUCAAAGAUGGCCAAGCACUGGCAUGAUUAACAUCAGAUAUUCGCUGACAGUUAUUUAGCCUAUUUCUAAGUUCACUUAAUGAAAUUAUAAUCACAGUCAUCAGACAAAUUUGUUUAUUACCUUGGCGAAGUGUUCUGGAGCCACCCUGAGCCAUCCUUGACCAUGAUGUACCGCCAUCGUCUUCCUCAUUGUCGGGCAUGACGGUGUCGUAUGGGCCCGUGUUCCUAUUGGCUUGCUCAGGGACAAGGUAACCCUCCUCUUCUAGCCGAGCUGCCAUCUCCGGACUGAAGCCUUCCUCUAGAGCCAGAUCCAACAGGCUCAUCUCUUCCAGGAUGGUGGGAUCCUCAAGAAGCUCCCCCAAGGGGCCGGCAAGACCGUAAUCACCCUCUUCCUCAUCAUCAACCAAUAAAUGACUUAGAGGGAGUAUUGGCAGAUUGGGAUUCGCACCACUCAGCUCUUGAUGGGUCAAGCUGGCCGAGGUAAAGUCAUUGGGAUAGAAGUUUAUGUCAAAGUUACUGGGAUCUCCUAGACCAGUGUUAUCAGUGAUUAAGUUAUCUUCAGCGUCUUGCGUGAGUGGGUUCAUGUCAAAUGCUGUGUAACCAUUUUCAACAUUGACGCCCAUGUUAAGGUCAUCCAAAGGAUCGCCAGAAAUCAGAUUUGUAUGGUAUGGAGUUCUAGGUGAGCUAUUGACGUCCAUAUUCUCCAAAGCCUCGCUCAGGUUUAAACUCAUGUUGUGUUGAUCCAACUCUGUGCUUGGGGUCAGCGGUAGAAGGCGUGUUUCUGGAUGGUGUAGGGAAAUGGUGCCUUGGGACGGAAAAAAAGCAAAACGUUGAAGAGGCUACACAAUCACAAAAGUUUUCAAAUGCCUUGAGCUGCCCUUUUUAUGUUGUAGUUCAUAAGCUAGUAAUGCAUAGCUUGUCAUUUUGAUGCAUUGCUUUCAUUUUAUGUAGAGGACGCAAAAUCGCCAAAAGUAAAGAGGAGGUUUUAAGAAGCUAUCCUAAACAAAAAUAACAUCAAUAAUUUACCUAGUGGCAGAGCAGCCUCCAUCAGAUGAACAUCUUGGUAAAUCAUCUGAUUGUCAUUGCGGCUGUUUGAGUUGCUUUGGUAAUUGCUCAAAAUGGCAGCAUCCAAUGGAGUCUGAACUGGCCCAUCUUGGUAACUUGGAAACCGGGUGCUAACAUCCAGACCCUGAACAAGAAAAAACUGGCAUCAGCACGUAGGGGUGGGAAAAAUAAACGAUUCUUCGAUGCAUCGCAACUCUCUCUAGACCGAUUCCGUCUCGAUGCAGAUAAAUUAAUGUUAACUAACUAACCCUCUUUUUUGGUUUAAUUAUUUUGACUGCUGCAACAUUCUGUUCGCCAGAGAGGGAUAAUUUUAAAAUUAUUUAAUUUAUCUUCAGUGUGUAUUGGCCAAUCUGAUUUGUCUUGACACGAUUGUGAUUCAGCCUACGCCUAGCAUGCACGCAAACUCACAGCCAGACACAAGAACUCCUUCUAAUUCAAGAGCAGCUUUUUCUUUAAUGACAUAGAAAAGAAAGAUUAGAACGAAAAGAAAACUGAACCCUAUUUUUUUACAUACUUCCAUAUUGUGUUGUAAUGAAAGCUGCAUUCAUCUGUUGAUUUCUUUGAUGAACAUCACAAAACUAGGAAGUGAUAAGCAAACUCUGAGUAGCAAACUCAGAUCUAUAUAUAUGUUUUUGAAAAUCACGCUUGGAAAUGUAGAGAUUCCCACCCCUAUUAGCACGGCCCAUGGUGAGAAACAACCAGUUUAAACAGGCUAAUCGCAGUGUUUCCACUUACAUGAGGCUCCAUGAUUGCCAACAGGUCUUCCCACUGUAGCUCGAGGUCCAGGGGGGGCUGCUCUGAGGGAAUCAGAGGGGACAGCAGGGGGCCUCUCUCUGCAAACAGAUACUCAUGAUCCACUGCUCCUCCAAUCGUAGGCAAGAUCUCCUCCGAUGGCUGGAUGGAAACAGACAAUAGGAAAGCUUGAAUGCUAGAACAGUGGAUGGAGUUUCAGGGGCAAUGUUGGAAACCCAAGGCUGUAUACAAAUUGACCACAAAAAUAAUGAACUUAAAUUAAAUUGAAUUAGCAGUACCUGAUGUGUUAAGGGAAACGUGUGCUCCAACAACCUCAAACACUCCUGAAGAGAGAGCGACUCCUGUAAGGAAGAUAAAACAGAGAGAGAGAAGGUGAGAUAUAUAUUUAUGUGGGCUUUAUACUAUACUGGGGAAAGUUGCUUGUGAUUUUUUAACUAAUGAAUCAGAAUUAAUACUUUGCCACCAAUUCAAUGUCAAAAGAGGAUGUAAAAACUUUUUUGCAUACUUUCAAGCCUUACCUUGGUCUACUACCUCUAAGAUUGUUUUGUAUUCACUUUAUGCAGAGCACAUACUUCAAAUAUGCAUUCUAUGGAAUUCCCCUUUAACCAGACGAACCACAAUGUGACCUAGUGGUGAAAACCACAACAGGAUUGCAGCGAGCAGUGAACUGGUUAUUGUCAAACAAAGUUUAUUCACUUUUGAAGGCUUGAAAUUAAUCCCAUGUCGUUGUCCGUGGGUCUAGCCAUUCUCAAUGUCUGUUUUUAUAAUGACAUGAAAAUACACCUGGCGUCAAACGUUUCAUUGAUAGAAGCAGUAUGACCGUUGCAAAAGAGGGGUUGACACUUAUUUUGACCGAAGGUUUUGAGAACUACUUUUUGUUGGUUAUAGUACAUAUCCAAGCGAUGAAAAGAGUUCUGUCAGAGUACUCACUCCCACUACUUUUUUAGCUCCAAAGUCAAAUCAGGUUUUGACUUUUAUUUUGUUGCAAUUCAAGAUACCACAAAUGCUGUGUCAUCUGCAUUAUAGCAUAUCGGGACCAACCAAGCAAUUCCCCGAGAUGCACCUGCUAGUUGCUAUCCUUCCCUAACCACGACUCGAUCUAGCACUACUUCUGCUGAGAUGGCAGCACGCGUAACUUUCGAGAAACCCCACGGCUCAGAUUUCAAGCAUGAAAGAUGCUGCUGCCAGGCUGAACAUGUGUUUGGGUGUCAACUUAUUGUAGC